AUGCAGGCCUGUUUUGAGGACCUGAUCCAGUUCAUGUCCAGUGGCCCCUCUCACAUCCUGGUGGUCUCUCAGAGGGAGGGGUCAGGUCAUGUGGUGCCAGCAUGGAGGGAGUUCAUUGGUCCAGCAGACAUAGAGGAAGCCAGGAGGGAUAAACCUGAGAGCCUACGUGCCCAGUAUGGCAGUGAAACCCUGUUCAACGCGCUCCACGGUAGUGACGACAGCCAUCAGGCCAGGAGGGAGCUGGCCUUCUUCUUCCCCAGCUUCAGGACUUCUUCCCGGGCAGAGCAGCACGAGGAGGAAGGGCGAGUGGAGAGGACACUGGCUCUCAUCCGACCCGACCUCGCCAGGGAGAGCAGAGAUGAGAUCUUGUCUCGUAUCCAUGAGGCUGGCUUCACUGUGUCUCUCCAGAGAGAGGUGAUAUUAACAGAGGAACAGGCCAGACGGUUCUACAAACGACAUGUUGACCAGGACUACUUCCCUGCCCUACUGCACAACAUGACCAGGUAA